AUGAACAAAUCAUCAUUAAAUAUCCAACCCACAACAGAAUCCCAACCCUUGGAGGCUAUUGAUUGCUCGGAUCUUCCUCAAGUCAAACAUAUGCUGACGGACGACCAAAUCAUUUCGAUCCUUACCAAAAACCAGCUAUUGUUUAAUAUGAAUCAUGACAAUCAGAGUAGUGAGCCAGCACCUGUUGUGAGGAUUGAUGCAAAUUCUGUGGCUAGCAAUCAACCCAUUGAGGAUUACUAUGCGCAUGUCAAAUUCGGCAAUGGUGUACUCUUGGGAAUGUUUGAUGGUCAUGGUGGACCUGAAUGCGGGAAAAUAGUUCAAAAAUACCUUCUUGCUUAUGUUGCCCAGAGUAUAACUGAACUUGGCCUCCCAUCCAAACCUGAUUUACCAGAAUCAUCUCCCGAUCGCCAUCGUCUCAUCAAAAAAGCGCUUAAAAGUGCUUUUACUCGUCUUGAUGCUGACAUUACCCAGGGAGCAUUCACCACCUACGGCAACGUUGCAAAUCAAGUCACCUCAAAGGGCACAAUUGCUUCAUGGGUUCUUGGACUUCCUGCAUUCACUCGUAACGAAUGCAUUGCCAGCUUGCGUACGGCUCUAUCCGGUGCAUGUGCUAUUGUAGCUUACAUUGACGGCGAAGACGUGUAUGUUGCUUGCACUGGCGACUGUCGAGCUAUUAUAGGUCGUAGUGUUGACUACUCUCCUGAUAAUUCAAAAGCGUAUUUAAGCGUGGCUCUCAGCGCAGACCAGACAUUUAAAAACCCGAAAGAGUAUGCUAGACUAAUGGAUGAGCAUCCCGGUGAAGAUGUGAUUGUCAAAGGUCGUAUUCUUGGUGGGUUGAUGCCUACUCGAGCAUUUGGUGACGCAAGAUACAAAUGGUCGAUUCGUGACCAACGAGUGAUUCUUCCAAGCCUCUAUCCAGAUGGUCGUCGCGGAAUUCCAAGACAUUACAAAACUCCACCGUAUGUCACUGCCGAGCCAGAAGUGAUUCACUAUGUACGUGACAAAAAUGACAAGUUUAUUGUUCUCGCCACAGAUGGACUCUGGGACGAACUUGACGAGGAAACGUGUGUAAAAGUUGUUGGAGGAAGUUAUGAGCAAGGUAAUGCUGCAACAGCCCUGAUGCUGUCUGCAUUAAGUGCUGGUCGGGCAGUUCCUGAUCGUGAUCGUAUUAGACAUAUACUGUCUAUUCCACGAGUCAAAAGUCGAAGGUAUCGUGACGAUAUCACCAUCAAUGUAGCAUACUUUGAUCACAGCAAUGGUAUGAUUGAUUUCAGUACUGAUCUGGAUACAGACAGUGCUGGGGAUACCAUACAAGGAGGAAAUGUUAAGCCAGUAGAUGUGGUAGAUCUAAAGCUUGCUGGACCAAAACGACACCAUUUUAAUUCCUGGGUUCAGUUUUUGUACCGACAGCCCCCUCCCAGUUCAGAUACUUUUCAAUCCAAGCUGUGAUGGCUGGUUUUGAAUAUAAAAUAAAGUCGAGUACAUAU